AUGGAUCUUCAAGCCAUGAAUCCCAACUUAACUCAGCCUGAUCGAAGGGUACUCGAGCUACUAUUAAAAGAUGUACAAAAACAGAGCAGGGGCGACUCGUCCAACACUUCUGGCAGUCAAGAUAACCAAUCUCAAAUCGACGAACAAAUUUCCAUCCUUGAAGCACUCAACGACGAGAACAACGAGAAAUUCCAACCUACAGUUUUUACAAGCUGGGACCAAGAAGACCUUGAACGCCUCCCCGGUCCUUUAUACCAAUAUAUACUUGAGCCAUAUAUACAAUGGGGGAAAGGAGUGGUACGUCGGCCAACAGACGUCGUCUUCCUCACACAUAUCAUCCUUUACCUCGCCACAUCGGUCCCGAGUGCUAUAAUUUUGUACAAUCGGUUCUCCUUAAUACACGGAUUCUGCCAUUGGAUCAUGCAGGCUCUUUACUGCGGACCGUUCACACUUAUGCUUCACAACCAUAUUCAUAACAACGGAGUUUUAGUGAAGAAAUACGCAUGGCUCGACAAAACCUUUCCAUACCUUCUCGAGCCACUCAUGGGCCACACAUUACAUUCAUACUAUUAUCACCACAUCAAGUGUCAUCAUGUUGAGGGUAAUGGGCCGGACGAUCUCUCUUCGACUCUACGGUAUCAGCGGGAUGAUAUAGUUGAUUUCCUAAAGUACUGGGGUCGCUUUAUGUUCUUCAUCUGGCUUGAGCUCCCAUUAUACUUUUUUCGGACCAACAAGAUUAGAUUGGCAUGCGAGGUGCUCUUCUGGGAGGUCGGCUCAUAUGUAGGCAUGUAUGUGAUGGCUAGACUGAAUUUUUGGCCAACCCUUUUUGUAUUGUUGAUACCAUUUAUGCAAAUGCGAAUCGGUUUGAUGGUAGGAAACUGGGGUCAGCAUGCAUUGGUCGAUGAAAUUGAUCCAGAUUCGGAUUAUAGAUCUUCCAUUGUUCUGAUUGAUGUGGCGAGCAACCGAAACUGCUUCAACGACGGUUGGCAUACGGCUCAUCAUCUCAACCCACUUCGACAUUGGCGGGAUCAGCCACUUAGUUACCUCAAGGGAAAACAUAACUACGAUUCCGGCAAAGCUCUUGUCUUUCAAAAUAUCGAUUACAUCAUGAUGUUCGUCAAACUCAUGCAGAAGGAUUACGAGCACCUUGCUGGAUGUUUGGUUCCGACAGGGGAGAAUAUUGGGAAGAGUAAAAAGGAGCUGGCGGACAUGUUGAGGACGAAGACCCGUAAAUUUACUGAGGAGGAUAUUCAAAAGAAGUUCAAAUGUAAAAAGACUUCCUAG